AAGGGACAUUUAACAAAUUGGAGGAGGAAAUUGAGUUAAGUUAGGGUUUGGCUACAUUGUUUCAGGCUAUAGAGAUGGAGGGAGGAAUCAAUCCUGAUGCGACACUUGAUUAUGUUGAAUUUCACAUAUUUCCAAGCCAGAACAGGUAUGAGGCAAGUGUAUGGAGUAGCAACAGAGAAGAGAAAGUGUCAUCUGGACCCUUGAAACAACUGUUGUUGCAUUCACCUGAAAUUAAAAAUUUGUCUUCCAAAGGCUCCAACAAAAAGUUCAAGAUUUUACCACCUGACAACAUAAAGGAUGCCAGCUGGUUUACAACAGCCACAUUGACAAGAUUUUUACGCCUUACUGGUUUGCCCGACAUCCUUAACAUUGAAGAAGAGAUCUCUCAAUUAGAGGAGACCCGAAAAUUUCAACUCUCAUUGUCUGAUAAGGCUGAAGUUGAUAUAACAACAUCAAUUGAAUCAAAGAACGAACUAUUGCUAACAGUUGAUUUGAGAUUGACAACAUUGAAAGAGGAACUAGCUGCUGCGUUCAACCAUGCUGUUGGCUCCAAAUGCUCGCCUAAGGGUAUUUCUGACUUGGGAAACUUCGCUCUUCAUUUUGGAGCCAAGGAUCUAAGGGACUCAUUGCAGAAGUAUGUUGAAUUGAGCACACUCCCAUCAGAUAAGGACUUGGAUAACAACAGUAUGAGUAAGGCCAUAAGAAGUGCUCCCAUGCCUCAACCUCCACAGUUGGAUCCACUUGUAAGAUAUGGUGUCUCCCCAACUAAAGUUGUGAAUAUCGAAAGACACAGCUCAAUUGAUGAAGAUCCAACCUUUUCAAGCGAGGAGGAUCAACCGUCAGUUGAAAGAAGUAGGUCUGUUGCAAGAUCUGCCAUGCCUAGAAGGUCAGCAUCUCCAAUGCGAAGAAUCCAGAUUGGACGAUCUGGUUCGCGGAGAGCAGCUGCACUAAGCAUCAAGAGUCUCAACCAUUUUCCAGCCAGGGAAAAGUCGACGUCCCAGAGAGACUCAACUGAGAACAGUAGUGAAGAGGAAGACUCAGAGAGACCCCCUAAGAACAAUGUAUUAAGAAUGAACGUGCAAGAUAAAAUCAGUUUAUUCGAAAGCAAACAGAGAGACCAAGGUGUAGAAACUCAAACGACAAAAACAUUGGUAAAUGUAACUGUGGGUUUAAACAAAGUUGCGCUUAGAAGAUGGAGUUCAGGAAUGGGUGAAAAGGAUGUCCAGUGCCUCCCUGAUAUUAGCACUGAGAUUUCUGUAAACAGCCCCACAAAUAUCACUCCAGAUGGCAAAACAACGCCUGAUAAUAGUAUUCCUAACACUGAAGCUUGUGUUGAGACUGAAAACAUCAAGUCACUCUCGUCUGAAAAGGGAGCAUCUGAGACAUUAGGGGUGGAAGUUGACACAUUUGAACCUGAAAGAGAGGAAAGUUAUGAAAAGAAUCCUGCCUCCAUUGAAUGGAGUCAACAGAAGGGAGAAGAACUGAACCAGUUCACAGAAUUGAUGGAAAGCAAGCCGGUUAGACAUCAAAAAGUGACCAGUAAAGAUAGCAAAGUUAAGAUUCUCAAGGAGCAGAGGGGUGGAUUUUAUGAUCAUUAUAAGAAAAAGAGGGAAGAAAAGCUCCAAGUGCAAGCUGCUGGCAAGAAAGUUGAGAAAGGCGUUGAUGAUAGAAAAGCCAAGAUGGCUUCCACCAAUUUGAGUGGUGCUAAUAGAAAACAUGUUGCAGUAAAUGAAUCCCCAAAAACUCAAAUGAACUCGAUUCAAUUAAUAAAUUCCAGAACUAUAAAACCUUAUGAUGUGAAGAAAUCAAAAACAAAGUCAACUCCUUUGCAUGCUACACGCAAGUCAUGGCCAUCAACACAAUAUUCAGGAGCAUCAUCUGCGAGGACUCUGUCUGGAACCACCUCUACUAAUACUACACCAACAAAUCGAAAACCUCACUCCACUGCAUCAGUUCUUCGUUCAAGCACAAAAGUCGAAAGUUGGCAACCACAAUUGAAGACUCUGAAAGCAACACAACUAGAUGCUAACAAGAGAAUUAAAGCCAUCAAUGAGAAGAAGCAGCCCACAGUGAUUGAAAACAAGAAGACACCAAAAACCAAAGUUCAGACUCCCAAGGCAGACCCUAAUGCUAUUGCUAAACCCAGUUUUUAUAACAAGGUUACUAAGAAAAGCAGCGUGGUUCCACUGGAGACAAAACCUUUCCUUCGUAAAGGCUCUGGAAUCGGCCCUGGUGUUGGUCCUGUUGUUAGCAAGCCAAAACUUGUGGCCGAGCCUGAGGAAACUCUUAGAAGCUCUGGAGGUCUGAACAAAUCCGAGGAGAAUAAAGUGAUCACAAGGAUCGAUAUAAUGAGCCAAAAUCAGGAGACAAAAUGUGAAAUCCCUGAAAAUCGUGCUAGCUUAGAUUUGGAACCCCAAGUGGUUAGCCCCACCAAAUUUGAGGAAUCAGAGAGCUCUGCUCAACUUUAUGGUUGUAGUGGUGGUGGGGAUUCAAGGGCAAAAGUGUCUGGAAACACCGCAACCGAAGAAGAAAUAGAAAUUUCCCCAACUGCAUGGGUAGAAAUCGAAGAGCAUCAUCAGAAUGAGAUAAUUUCAUGCAAGGAAAGCCUUUUCCAGAUUACAUCUCCAGCCAAUGUGACUGCACCAGUUGGAUUUUCAAGUGUUCGUCACUCGUUAUCUCAAAUGCUUUUUGAGGAGAGCAACGAAGCUGAUAUUGGUGAGUGGGGAAAUGCUGAGCACCCUCCCACCAUGGUCUACCAAAAAGACGCACCUAGAGGGUUUAAGCGACUUUUGAAGUUUGCUCGAAAAGCUAAAGCUGAUUCACAUCUAACUGGUUGGUCCAGCCUAUCAGCAUUUUCAGAAGGAGAGGAUGAUGCAGAGGAAUCUAAAGGUCAAUCAAAUUUCAGUAGAUUUACUGUUCAGAAUCAUCGAAGGGUACCAGAGGGGAAUGUCUCUGCUUCUAUGAAUACAACAAAAGCCACAAGGUCGUUCUUCUCUCUUUCAGCGUUAAGGGGCAACAAGACGAAUGAUACCAAACUUCUUCAUCGCUAAGGAGAAUCAGAGAACCGUAAAUUAUACAUUCUACCUCCCCUUAUACAGCACCAUCAGAUGUAAAUUUCUUGCUACUUAAAACGAAUCAAUGGAAUCCUUCCCAGAAUGGCUACGACACAGACUUCAUUCACAUCACUUCUGAUAGAAGAUGAGUCUAUCCAGUAAUGUAUAGAGUUGCACAUAACUCUUGUUAUUAUAUCAUUUUUUUUUGUGGUAAUUAUGAAUGAUAUUUUUCAUGUUUUAGUAUCAUAAUGUAGGUAGGCUGCUAAAAUUUGAGACUUGUUAUUGAGGGUUUUAUUGCACAACUCAGAACAACAUAUGUUUGGUGUAAGUUGUUUGUGCAUUUUGAUUUCAGUGGUUUAUUUUGUGAAAUCUUGAAUGUUGAUGUACCACAUACCCUUUUGUUGAUUUGAUGUCUGGUUUUUUGCUUC